GCAAGGUAGAGCUUCGGCCGAGGACGAGGGGAAGAUGUCACGCAAGAUAGAAGGCUUUUUGUUAUUACUUCUCUUUGGCUAUGAAGCCACAUUGGGAUUAUCAUCUACCGAGGAUGAAGGCGAGGACCCCUGGUACCAAAAAGCAUGCAAGUGCGAUUGCCAAGGAGGACCCAAUGCUCUGUGGUCUGCAGGUGCCACCUCCUUGGACUGUAUACCAGAAUGCCCAUAUCACAAGCCCCUGGGUUUCGAGUCAGGGGAGGUCACACCGGACCAGAUCACCUGCUCUAACCCGGAGCAGUAUGUGGGCUGGUAUUCCUCGUGGACUGCAAACAAGGCCCGGCUCAACAGUCAAGGCUUUGGGUGCGCCUGGCUCUCCAAGUUCCAGGACAGUAGCCAGUGGUUACAGAUAGAUCUGAAGGAGAUCAAAGUGAUUUCAGGGAUCCUCACCCAGGGGCGCUGUGACAUCGAUGAGUGGAUGACCAAGUACAGCGUGCAGUACAGGACCGAUGAGCGCCUGAACUGGAUUUACUAUAAGGACCAGACUGGAAACAACCGGGUCUUCUAUGGCAACUCGGAUCGCACCUCCACGGUUCAGAACCUGCUGCGGCCCCCCAUCAUCUCCCGCUUCAUCCGCCUCAUCCCGCUGGGCUGGCACGUCCGCAUUGCCAUCCGGAUGGAGCUGCUGGAGUGCGUCAGCAAGUGUGCCUGAUGCCUGCCUCAGCUUGGCGCCUGCCAGGGGGUCACCGGCACAGAGCGGGCCGUAGGGGACCCCCUCACACACCACCGAGAUGGACAGGGCUAUAUUUUGCAAAGCAAUUUUAACUGCAGUGCUGGGUAGAUAAUUUUUUUUUUUUUUUAACAUAUAGCUUUCUGAUGUCAAUGAAAUAAAAAUGAACUCAUUCCCCACUCAGGGCCAGAGAAAGUCAGAACAAAGAAAAUGUCCCCGAAACGACUUUUCUUACAAAAGCCUAAGUAGCAGGGGUAAUUUUCUGCUCAUUUUCUGUCUCAGUGAUACUGUGAAAGGUGCAGUCUCAGGGGAACACAAAGCAGCCCUGAUAAUUUGAAAAUUCCUUUGCUUUACCACAUUCAAGACAGAAAUAUACAGUUUCCUAAAGCCUGGCUUUGAAUGUAGAAGGGAGCAGUUCCUCCUGGUUAAGUUUCCACUAAAUCAUCGCCAAAGAGGACUUCAGAGCCCCGGGGGGGCAGCUGAGGGUCUCAAGGGUGACUGAGUGGCAGGGAUGAGUGUGGUGGGUGAGAAUCCUGGUGCCCUGAGAGGCUAUACGUGACAAAUGACCAAAAGCCCAAGGUAGGGGAGUUUCCUCUGCUCGCAGUUCUCACCUUCGAGGCGGAUCUGGGCUUCCACCCUCAUGAACACAGGGAAUGGGGAGGGACCAGGGUGCCCAAUACACACAGCUCCAUUAUGCAAUCCAUUCCAGCAAAUUCCCCGUGUCUGUGGUCACCAUUUAGGUGAUCAUACAGGACAGGCUGCACAUCUAAGUAUAUGUAGGGACCCCAAAUGACCACAACACAGUACAAUUGCCCUUUACCUAGGGCUACCAUUUCCUAGCAAACCAAACAGAGUUCGAGAACAGCUGGCCCAGGAGCUACCACUGGCUACUCAGAGGAGGCUCAUUAGCUGGCUACAUGCUUCGCAGGAAGUGGGAAGGCCUCACAUCUUAAAAAGGACCACGUAGCUUUUUCCCUGAAAGCUUCUCGCCCUCCACCCCCUGCCUUGCAAUACGCAGACUGCGCCUGCUCCUGAAAAGCUCUCUGGGAAGGAGUGGGCCUGGCUUUCCGUUCCUGGAGGCGGCGCCUUAGAUUGGGAGGCCUCUUUGGCCACUUAGAGCCCAGCCUGAGUUUCCAGGCCCCUUCCUGGGAGAGGCUGUUAACACGGGGGAGGGGCAGGAGAGGUAUAUGGAGAGGAAGUGGUGGAAUCAGAGGACGAGGCUGCUCUAAAGACUGUCCUGGCCACAGACACAGGGUGGCCUUUGCUAGCAGCUCAUUUCCGAGUUACUUUUCAUUUUCAAACGCCAAGGCAAGUGACUAGACUCGCGCUAACACAGUCCUGGAGAACACAUCCACCUUUUCUGUGAACAGGCAGCCUUCUAAAAGCUCCAAGCAUCCUUCUUGAUGCUUUGGGGGCUCAAUUAUUUUAUAUCCAACCCAGCGUCUUUCUAGUCCCUAUGCUGUAUGCUUGAACUUCGGAAAAUGCUUUUCCCUGCCCAAUCUUCUCUCAAAUAUAAACAUAUCACACAGGGUGUUGGGGGUGGGUGGGGGGGGGACCUAUCCCUGGCCUUAGGACACAGGACAAAUCUAUUUUGGAUAGAAAUGCCUGAACAGAGACCCUUAUUUGGAAAGGUGAAUUAACUUUGGUCACGACAUGGACUGUCAGACAAAAUGGCAGUAUCCUAAGAGUUAAGGGCACAUCAAACACAGGAGUCGAGAGAGUGCAGUUCAGGGAAAAAGGAGAGGAGGAAACAGUGAGGCAGGGAGAAAGUCUUUCCAAAUAAGUGUUCAUGUUGGAAACUUUUAUCACGGCUUUAUUGAGAUUCAGUUCACAUACAAUUUGUAUCCAUUUAAAGUGUACAAUUUGAUUACUUUUGGUAUAUUCAGAGUUGUGCAACCAUUAUCACUAGAUCAAUUUUAGAAAAUUUAUCACCCCAAAGAAAAAUCCUGCACCCAUCAGCCAUCACUCCCCAACCCAUCGGCCACCCCAAGCCCUCUGCAACCGCAAACCGACCGUCUCUAUAGAUUGGCCCAUUCUGGACGUUUUACAUAAAUGAAAUCAUAUAGUA